CAGCGUUUUGGAGAGGAUCCCAUCAGUCCGAACGACGUUGAUUUACUACUAGUCAUGGUCCGUUCUCCGGCUCCUUCCUCAGUGACGGCGGUGACAGCUUUCGCCGUGUUGUUGUUUCUCCUCCACCCAUCGAACGCUCAGUUAAGCGCAAACUUCUAUGCCACGACAUGCCCAAACACGUCCAGCAUUGUCCAAACCGUGAUCCAGCAAGCCCUUCAAUCCGACCCGCGCAUCACCGCCAGCCUCCUCCGUCUCCAUUUCCACGAUUGCUUCGUCAACGGGUGUGAUGGAUCGCUGUUGCUGGACAACAGCGCAACCAUAAAGAGUGAGAAAGACGCGGCUCCGAAUACAAAUUCCACGAGAGGGUUCGAUGUGGUGGACAACAUCAAAACGGCUAUUGAGAGCUCUUGUCCUGGGAUUGUGUCUUGUGCCGACAUCCUCGCCCUCGGUGCUCAAGCUUCUGUCUCCCUGUCAGGAGGUCCAUCCUGGACAGUGCUCUUGGGGAGGAGGGACAGCUUGACAGCGAACCAGGCGGGAGCGAACACAUCGAUACCCUCCCCUAUUGAUACCGUGGCCAACCUCACUUCCAAAUUCUCUGCUGUUGGCUUGGACACCACCGACCUUGUCACUCUUUCCGGAGCUCACACCUUUGGACGUGCACAGUGCAGGACAUUCAGCCUUAGGCUCUACAAUUUCACUAACGGCGGCCCUGAUUCCACCAUAAGCCCUUCGUACUUGACCACUCUCCGGCAACUUUGCCCGCAGAAUGGAGACGGCACCGUGCUCGCCAACCUCGACCCGGCGACCCCGAACACGUUCGACAACAACUACUAUGCCAACCUCCAGAACAACCAAGGGCUUCUUCUGUCCGAUCAAGAGCUGUUCUCGACGACCGGCGCUGCAACAAUCUCCAUCGUCAACAGCUUCAGCGGCAACCAGAGCGCCUUCUUCCAGAGCUUUGCUCAGUCGAUGAUAAACAUGGGAAACAUUAGUCCUCUCACCGGAAGUAACGGGCAGAUCAGGUCGAAUUGCAGGAAGGUUAAUGGAAGUUGAAAGUUCUUCCUUUGUUUUUUUCUUUGGUGUGUUCCGUGGGAGCACGUGAAUUUAAAGCAGCGUGUGAAAUAAAGAUCAGGUAUUAUUGGACAGGUCAAUUCUAUUGAGGAGCGAGCCAGAGAUUUGUAUUAAUAAGUCAAGUGUGCAGUGUUAAGAGUUUGAUUAGAUUAAAAUACUAUUUACAAAGGUUUGCGCAUCUCUGUUAAGAGAUCACAUUAAUUAAUGAGAUCUUCCUUAUACUAA